CAUCAUCUCCGCACCCACCAGAUCAACAUCUGCAACCUCACAACUGCCAACCCUCACACUCUUGCUCCCUCACUUCCACUGCUGAUCACCUUCAAGUACAGGUCUAGAGGACAUCGCUUGAGCUGUCUAGUCAUCUGUACGUCUUAUAGGUUGGCAGACGAGCCAAGAUUCCAAAAGUCUCGUCGGCCCCCCGAAAAUACCUGAGUCAUCGAGGAUCCCUUUGCUUGCUUCGGCCUCUUCUCCGAGUUUUUUGACACUGCAACCUUGCUCAAUGCUCAAACCUCCUUCUGGUGGCACAGGACUACCCACUUGCCGAUAUUACACCACCUUGAGCAUCUCUAUUUGAUGCCCUGGAUGCUCCUGAUGUCUGCAGAAGCAUAGCCUGCUCGGGCCUCAGCACCUCACCAUGCUAUCCUCGUCUCCGCCACCAAAUGGUGACCUCAAGCAGCCCACAGGAGACAAUUCGAGUCACCAAAACAGUCAACAAAGGCACGAGGAACAGAACCCUCUCCGGCGAAGCGCUUUUCGUGCCUUGGUCCAGGAUUUCAGUCCAAUCUGGUUCACAUGGUGUAUGAACUCUGGCAUCAUUUCCAUCCUCAUUUGGUCCUCCCCAUACCACUUCCGCGGUCAGGAGAUCAUCUCAACCGUUGGAUUCACCAUCGACCUGGUCCUCUACGUCGCCUUCUCCCUUUGCUUCAUCCUCCAUUUCUUGCUUUACCGUCGCAGAGCAUUCGAUGAGCUCGUUGCCAGCGUGCCUGAGAUUUGCUUUUUCCCCUGCUGGGGCAUCGCGUGGAUGACCUUAGUGGCCUUUGUCAGCAUCACCAUCAGCAAUGCCCACUGGGGUGGACAUGCCUUCACCAUCUUGGCUGUAGUCAUGUGGUGGAUUUCAACUGCGUGGAGCUUCUGCUUGUUGUUCUUCUGCUUCGUCACCCUCAUCCAGCGCCACACAAUUCUCGACCGCCAACUUCCCGCGGCCAUUAUCAUUCCCGCCGUCGGGGUUGCCACUCUUGCGGCGGUAGGCGGCCUUCUGGUUACCCACGCUCAUGGCCUUUCCUCCCGCCUUGCCGUCCCUAUUAUCAUCACCUCUUUCUGCGCUAACGGGGUGGGGCUGAUUCUCGGACUGAUCCUGUACACCUACCUCUUCCACCAGCUCCUGGCCAAAGGCUGGCCCCCUCCUGCUCAAACCCCGACGUUAUUCAUCCUCGUCGGCCCUAUGGGUCAAUGUGCAGCCGCCUUGCUCUUGCUCGGUGCCGCCGCCAACACAGGUGGACGAUUUGCCGAGUACAAUUCAGGAAUAUUCCUUACUGCCCAGGCAGCGCAACCAUUGCACGUGGCAUGUUGGCUCCUGGCUUUACUCAUGACAGGGCUUGCUUUCAUCUGGGUUUUCCUUGCCAUUUGUGCCAUGCUCGAUCGGGCUUACCACCGACAGUUGGUUUGGACCCCGGCAUGGAAUGCGGUCAUAUUUCCCACGGGUACCCUGGCCACAAGCACGACUCUGUUGGGUGACCAAAUGGACAGUCCAUUCUUCCGUGUGGUCUCAGUGGUAUUGUUGCUGGGGUUGAUCAUGGUGUUUUUGACCAAUGCGGGGUUCACAGGGUAUAGAAUUUGGAAGGGUCAGUUGUUGAUUGUGAGGGAAGAUUGGCGGAUGAAGCAAGAGGUGGAGGACUUGAGGAAAGUGAGAUAAGACUGUUUAUUGACGAUGUAAUGUACAAUAUGACUUUUAGCGAAGAUCUUGCGCUACCAACAACGGUAGAGAAGGCCAUGACACAGGCUUGCUGGCUUGGUGUGGGGAUUGCAGCUCCAUGAACUUACCUUUCUGUCGGUCUCUAGCUCCCGUUGAGUAGUGGACGACAGAUUUCGAUCAGAGGAUUAGCUGAAAUUGAGAUAACAUGAAGAG